AUGUACGAAACCCGGGUGGCAGAGUCGUUGCUUGUCGACACCAGAUCUGCGCUGGCGACCAAAACCCACACUUUUGCGACCACCUUUGAAUUCACCGAAGAACAGGGGUCUACCCCCCCAACGACUGUCGCCCGCAGUCGCAGCCGCGGCAACAGUAUCUCUGUUCAGCAACGAGGCGCAGCAGUUGGCCAGGCGUCGCCCAUGAAGACCAACGGAGAUGGGCGCUAUACGCCCAGCCCCGAGCCGGCGCCGGCGCUGUUUGUGCGGGCCAUGUACGACUACGAUGCGGACGAUCACACGAGCCUCAGUUUCCGCCGAGGUGACAUCAUCCAGGUUCUCAACCAGCUCGAGACGGGAUGGUGGGAUGGUGUGAUUAACAACAGCAUUCGAGGCUGGUUCCCUAGUAACUAUUGUGCCAUUAUUACCGAUCCCAGCGAGUUGGAGGAACAAGUGGCGCAUGUUCGCGACGAAGGAGAGACCAGUGCGGACUCCGGACCCGGCGAAGACGAUUAUGAGGAGGAGCACGAGAACGACCACGAACAUGAGCAUGAUGAAGACGAGGUGGACUCGGCCGGCAACCCACGCGACUCGGCACCGAUUCUCCCUAUCGAGGGCGUAGUACCGCCCAAGGAACAGGAAGAGGCCGCCUUCUGGAUCCCGCAAGCGACGCCUGACGGUCGGUUAUUUUACUUUAACACUCUCACGGGAUAUAGCACCAUGGAGUUGCCUUUCGAAAACCCAUCCGUGAAUGAGUCGGGCCCUUUUGACCGAAAUAAUUUCUUCGUGCCAGACCAGACCCGGCCACCCCCGGAAUUGAUGGCUCGUGGCUUCGAGCGGGAUGAGGACGAUUAUGAUGGUUCGGCGUCCGAGGCUGAGGGAGAGUCGCUUAUGCUAGCCUCGCAUGAUUCCAUGUCCCACCGCCGUCGCUCCUUGAUCGACGGUGUAUCCCCCGCAACUUCAAUGGAUUCACUACACCCGCCUUCGACCACGAAAUCCAUCCCUGAAGGGAAGAUCUCACAUCAAUCGAGCCGGGAUCUGCAGAGGAUAACUACCGCUGGCAGUAACACCUCCGCAUCCAUUCACUUCCAUCGGCCUUCUAUCUCCUCGCAGGCCCCCUCCCGAUUUGUUGAUGAUGGGCUCACAGCUCCUGUCACCUGGCCUAUGCUUGUUGACAACAUGCGUCACGCUGUAGAGAGCUAUCGCCAAACACUGCUGAAAGGUGAUCGCUCCGAGUAUGUAAGGAAGGCAGAAGACAUCUCGGACCAUCUUCGCAUGCUUCUGGCCGCUGGGUCAGAUACCACCGACAACCACUCUGGAAAUCCAUCGAUUAUCUCGACGAACAAGCCUUUGUAUCCUCACUUUAGAGAUAUGAUGUCGAAAUUUUCCAAGUUGGUUCUGUCGUCACACAUUGCCGCGGCGGAUUGGCCGGGACCGGAUUCCGUCAACAAGUGUCUGCAGGAGGCGGACGGCGUCAUGCAAGGAGUCUACGGCUAUGUGGAGGUAGCGAGACAACAGCGGGGCGAAUCCAUUCGCCGCAUUGUUCCGGGAUUCGUCGUGGGAAGCUCCGCAGGAGGCGGGUGGCAGAAUAAUGGUGUCACUCUGGACGAGUCGGGCCCGACAUCGUUUCUGGAUCAGGAUGGUGCAGAAUCUCGCGUCGAACCCUCGGUGCCUUUGGAUGCGGCACUUCUAGACCACAUCGACAUUCUUAGAAGGUCUUUUGUCGGUAAUAUUCGGCGACUGGAGGAGCGGCUUACAUUGAACCAGAAGAAGAUUGUCACCUAUGCUGGACUGCACGAAAUCAGUGAUCCUGUUGCUGCUGCGGCGCUCAAGGUCGUCGAACAGUUCCGUCCGUGGAUUUCGGCGGUUGAAUCGAUCAAUCUGGCGCCACUCGGCACCAGCUUCCAAAACCCCCAGCUGGUCGACUUCAGCCUACAGAAGCAGAGAACUUACGAUGCCAUCGCGGACUUUGUCAUCAGUUGCCAGGCUGUUUCGGCGCCGCUGGGCGAUGAGUGGGCUGAACUCCGUGGCGAUUCUCUCGAAGAUCGUUUGAACGCUGUGCGGGCUAUUGCCAGACAGCUCGAAAACUCUGUCUCUCAGAUUGGGUUCUCUCUUUCGCUGCUCCUCGAACAGAUCCCGGAUCCCGCUUCGACCUUCCGGAGUGAAAGUCGUCUGGGUGCCGACGAGUCCUUCAAGGGUAUGCAUAGUCGUGGAGAUUCUCAGGCCCGAAUCGCAACGGAGACUAUAGGGAUACCGUCUUCAUAUUCGAUUGAGCCCUCGUCAGGAAAGGUCCGACGCAAUAUGGAAAAGGCCCAGAGAUUCUUUGGACAGGCGCCCCCGGCAGCCAUUACUCGCGAACCCAUUCGUGAGCCGGUCCGAGAGCCGGAGGAAGCUCCCUGGUUUUUGAAGAUGGACCACGAAGGCGAAGUAUUCUACGAUACCAAGGCCGAUACACCCGCUUUGAAGUGCGGAACAUUGGCGGGCUUGGUAGAGCAUUUGACUCGCCACGACAAAUUGGAUGCUUCAUUCAACAACACUUUCCUCCUUACAUAUCGUUCUUUCACGACCGCAUCAGAACUGUUUGAGAUGCUAGCGGAGCGAUUCAACAUUCAGCCUCCAUUCGGACUCAAUCAGGAUGAAAUGCAGAUGUGGAUCGAUAGAAAACAGAAGCCUAUCCGAUUCCGUGUCGUGAAUAUCCUGAAAAGUUGGUUUGAACAUUUCUGGAUGGAGCCAAACGACGAGGCACACAUGAAUCUUCUGGCGCGUGUUCAUGCCUUUACCAACGAUUCUAUUGCGACGACGAAGACACCAGGUUCGCCUCAAUUGAUGGCAGUCAUUGAUCAGCGUCUGCGCGGUCAAGAUACCACCGUCAAACGUCUCGUUCCCACGCAGGCUACUGCCGCACCCACUCCCAUCGUCCCCAAGAACAUGAAGAAAUUGAAGUUCCUGGACAUUGACCCUACGGAAUUCGCCAGGCAGCUUACUAUCAUCGAAUCGCGCCUCUACUCUAAGAUCAGACCCAUUGAGUGUCUGAACAAGACUUGGCAGAAGAAGGUUGGCCCAGACGAACCGGAACCUGCUACCAAUGUGAAGGCUUUGAUUCUUCAUUCGAAUCAGUUGACAAAUUGGGUGGCAGAGAUGAUUCUUACUCAGACGGAUGUCAAGAAGCGAGUUGUCGUGAUUAAACACUUUGUAAACGUAGCUGACAAAUGUCGCACUCUCAACAACUAUUCCACUUUGACUUCUAUCAUCUCCGCUCUUGGGACCGCGCCAAUCCACCGGCUUGGUCGAACCUGGGGUCAAGUCAGUGCCCGUACGUCCACGAUCUUGGAGCAAAUGCGCAGACUUAUGGCCAGCACAAAGAAUUUUGGCGAAUAUCGCGAAACCUUACAUCUGGCGAACCCGCCGUGCAUUCCCUUCUUUGGUGUCUACCUCACGGAUCUAACGUUUAUUGAAGACGGUAUCCCGUCUCUAACGCCUUCGGAACUCAUCAAUUUCAACAAACGUGCGAAGACCGCGGAGGUCAUCCGGGAUAUCCAACAAUACCAGAACGUCCCUUAUCUCCUUCAGCCAGUUCCGGAACUACAAGACUACAUCCUCAGUAAUCUCCAAGCAGCAGGCGACGUGCAUGACAUGUACGAUCGGAGCCUGGAGGUGGAACCAAGAGAGCGGGAGGACGAAAAGAUAGCGAGCCAGUAG